GUUUAGUCAGCCAACAGAUUCUUGUCUGAUGUGAUUUCUGCACCAAACACAAAAAUAUCAGAGCUGCAAAGAGUGGUUCAGAAUUCUUGAUGUUGAUCAAUCAAACCCCAACAAAAUCACCCACCAAAAUUCAGCCCCUUCACACACUUCUUCGAUUCCCAUGAGCUUCUGUGAAUGACAAGUUUCAUAGUUCUGGCUCUUAUUAUCAAUCGAAAAACCAAUCUGAAGUUUUGUGAACUGUGCGUGUGUUUGUUGCAUGUGUAACGGUUGAAGAUUUGAAAAUGAGGUUGAGAACGUUCCCGAGUGUUGCUUUCGAGGGAUUGCUUAAAAGUAGGGCAAAAAUCCCACCUCAUCUCGUCUCUCUGCGGUCAAUUUCUUACAGCAUUGAAUCUCUCCAUAAAACCCCAGGUCGGAGCCUCAUAAUUCCUUGCAAUAGAUUGGCAGAAACCUCAGGAAGAACGCCAUGGAAGAACAACAAGCAAUGCCGGCCUUUGGAUUGCGUCUCGGUGGAAAAGAUGUCUGUCUUCUUGCACACACACACCCUGUUGUGUUAGAGAUCAACAGACUGGAGAAUCUCCUCAAAGAGAAGGAGGGUGAACUGAGGAAGGCUAGAAGUGAAAUUCGGGCACUUCGUGCAACUGAAAUGUUCAAGGAUAAGGCUGUGGAAGAGCUUGCAAGUGAGGUUGAAAGGCUGGAAGAAAAGCUAAGAUCCCAUGAAAACCACCUCGAACAUAAGAGUCUUGAAAUCAAGAAACUCGCGGACGAGAAGAAGGAAGCAUUGGCUGCUCAAUAUGCUGCCGAAGCGACUCUUCGAAGAGUUUAUGCUGAGCAAAAGGAUGAAAACUCUCUUCCCCUUGAGUUAGUCAUAGCUCCCCUCGACGCAGAAAUUAAGAUACAUAAGAAUGAGGUUGCUGCACUGCAGGAGGAUAAGAGGGCUCUGGAACGUCUCAUAAAGUCGAAAGAAGUAGCACUGCUCGAAGCUGAAAGAAUACUGAGAAGUGCUUUAGAAAGAGCGCUAGUAGUCGAGGAAGUUCAGAAUCAAAAUUUCGAGCUUAGGAGGCAGAUAGAGAUAUGCCAGGGGGAAAACAAAAUACUCGAGAAGACGAAUAGGCAGAAGGUUUUAGAGGUUGAAAAGCUCAGCCAAACCAUCAGGGAUCUCGAGGAGGCCAUACUUGCCGGCGGAGCAGCAGCCAACGCCAUUCGCGAUUACAGGCGACAGAUCUUGGAAUUAAAUGAGGAUAAAAGGAUGCUCGAAAGGGAACUAGCAAGAGCAAAGGUUACGGCGAACCGGAUGGCAACUGUCGUGGCUAACGAAUGGAAGGAUGGAAGGGACAAAGUUAUGCCUGUGAAGCAAUGGCUGGAAGAGAGAAGGAUAUUUCAGGCGGAGAUGCGGAAGUUGAAAGACAAGCUCGUUACCUCGGAGAGAGCUGUGGAGGCGGAAGCGCGAAUCAAGGAGAAGAUGAAGUUGAGGCUUAAGAUUCUCGAGGAAGGCUUGCGACAAAAGAUUACGCUUUCUGCGAGUAACAAUGGAAUCUCGAAAGGCGAAAGAUCGAACUUCUUUGGAAUUCUGUCGAGUAAUGGUCGAGCAAGAAAGAGAUCGACGCCGCAGCCUUUGUCAUCCACAGACACUAAAAGAAAGUUGAGAAAGAGUCUGUGGACUUCUCGGAACAAAGUUAUCGACAAUUGUGGAAAGGAAAACAAAGAGAUGAUCGAAAACUUCUCCGAUAUGUCUGAUAUCGAUUGCAGCGAUAUGGUCUCCGGAUUUCUUUACGACGUGCUUCAGAAAGAAGUCAUAAACUUGAGGAAGUCCUGCAGCUCGAAAGACGGUUGUUUGAGCUCCAAAGACGAAGAAAUCAAGACACUAAUGAAAAAAGUCGAAACACUGAGCAAAGCCUUAGAAGUCGAGUCGAAGAAGAAGACGAAGAGACAAAUGCAUCGAAAGGAUGAGCAAUCGACAAUCCUAUAGAUUCGCGAGUUGUCCUAAUUUGUGUGAAAGCAUGUAUGAACAACAUUGUAUCGAUCAAACUAUAAAUAAACGGAUGAUUCCCGAUA